GCCAAGGAGUGUGGCCAGAUGCAGAACAAAUGGCUCAUGAUAAACAUUCAGAAUGUGCAAGACUUUGCCUGUCAGUGUCUCAACCGCGAUGUCUGGAGCAAUGAGGCUGUGAAGAACAUCAUCCGGGACCAUUUCAUUUUCUGGCAGGUAUACCAUGACAGUGAGGAAGGACAGAGGUACAUACAGUUUUAUAAAUUAGCAGACUUCCCCUACGUCUCCAUCCUGGAUCCCAGGACAGGCCAGAAACUAGUGGAGUGGCACCAGCUGGAUGUGACUUCUUUCUUGGACCAAGUGACGGGGUUCCUGAGUGAGCAUGGACAGCUGGAUGGCCAUUCUACUAGUGCUCCCCAAAAAUGCUCUCGUUCAGAGAGUCUCAUUGAUGCCAGUGAGGACAGCCAGUUGGAAGCUGCUAUCAGAGCCUCGUUACAGGAGACACAUUUUGAUUCCUCACAGGCCAAGCAGGAGAGUCGGUCAGAUGAGGAGUCGGAGUCGGAGCUUUUUUCUGGAAGUGAAGAGUUUAUUUCGGUUUGCGGAUCUGAGGAGGAGGAGGAGUCGGAGAAUCCUGCCAAAUUGAGGAAGUCUCCGCACAAGGACUUGGGGUAUAAAAAAGAGGAGAGCCGGAGGCCUCAGCCUGAGCCCCCUGCAAGGACUGAGCCUGGUUCAACAUCAAAUCACAGAGUACUGCCUUGCGUUGAUGCGGGGAUACUGGAGGAGCCAGCUGACAAGCCUGAAAGUACAUUUCAGGGCCUAGAUGUGAAUGGACCAAAGGCACAGCUGAUGCUAAGGUAUCCAGAUGGAAAGAGGGAACAAAUUUCACUGCCCGAACAAGCUAAACUUCUGGCUCUUGUGAGACACGUCCAGUCAAAAGGAUACCCCAAUGAACGCUUUGAACUUCUCACCAACUUCCCUCGAAGGAAACUCUCCCACCUGGACUAUGAGAUCACGUUACAGGAGGCGGGCCUGUGUCCUCAAGAGACUGUCUUUGUGCAGGAGAGGAAUUAGCGCCGUGGCCUGAGUUCUCCCAGCUUUCCUCCCAUCUCCUCUCUGCCUGGGACACCAACUUGUUACAUAUGCAGUUGAGGGUCAUAGGAUUGCAGCGCUGACAUCAGGCAGGCAACUGGCUGGCCCUUCUCUCUCUUCUUCCCUUCUCCUGCUCUAGUGACCAAAUGAGAGUGCUCAGAGUUUUAUUUUCUUCCUCAGCUUGGGCCCUGUGGAGAGCAUUGGGAAGAGCAUCUUUCCUUUGCUUUCAUGGAAUGAAAUUAAAUGGUGAUCUGUGUAUCCAGUAUGCUGGGGCUUGGAGUGGCCAUAAUACACAUACCCCUCUCGCUGCUAUUCUUGGAUCUGCUUUGUUUAAUUUAUUUUUGAAAAUAAGUGUGUGAUAAGGCACUGAGUCAUCUCCCUGUAAGGAGAGAGAGUAAUCUUCAGUACGGUCUUUCCUUUGUGUUGAUUCUCUACACGAAAGGUCUCCAUUAACCUUACAGCCUUCUCAAGGGUUUGCUUACCUGGUGCUCUGCAAAAACUUGGGUUUUGGGAAGGAGCUGAGUUGAGCUGUGGUGAGAUACUCGGCCCCUGUCUAUUUUAAAGGCUUCUAGACUGCAUGCAUGUUUUCCUCCUGCUUUAAAUGCUGCUGGUGGACA